AUGGGAAGUCUUGUGGGGCACGUGGCACCUGGAUUUGGCUUCUUUAUCAUUGGGUUAUGGCACUUGCUUAACAACAUCAAGAACCAUGCCAUUAGCCCAACAUCCUUCACAUCUUUGAUAUGGUUCCCAACUUCAAAAAUAAGAUAUCUAGAGCUUUUCUUGAUCAUGGGAGGCUGCACCAUGUCCAUAGCCAUGGAGCUCUUUAUCGGCCCGGACCGCCACCAACCGCUCGACCCCGACGGAACCAUCCCUUCCAAUCAUCUCCAUAACUUUGAACAUUCAAAUAUUUCCAUGGCCCUUUUCAUGUAUGCAGCGUUCUCAAUUCUACUAGAUAAACUUACUCCUCCAGCACAGUAUGGACUCACCUCUAUGCUUGGUGCCAUAGCUUUUGGCCAGGAGUUACUACUUUUCCACUUCCACUCUACUGAUCAUAUGGGGAUUGAAGGCCAAUACCAUUGGCUUCUUCAAAUUGUAAUUUUCACCUCUCUUGCAACCACUCUUUUGGGCAUAAAGUACCCUAAAAGUUUCUUGAAUAGCUUUGCAAGGUCUAUUAGCAUUAUGUUCCAAGGUGUUUGGCUUAUGGUCAUGGGGUUCAUGCUUUGGACACCUGAGUUCAUACCCAAAGGUUGUUUCUUGAACUUGGAAAAUGGUCACCAAGUAGCCCGGUGCCACGGGGAUGAGGCCCUACAACGAGCUAAAUCUUUAGUCAACAUUGAGUUCAGUUGGUACGUCAUGGGUGUAACAAUUUUUUCAGUUUCACUUUAUUUAAUCAUGAUCAAAUUGUAUCAAGACAAAGUUGAAUACCAAUCAAUAACGAAAUUGGAAGAACAAGAAGAGGAAGACGAGGAUGACGUCGAGGCGAAAGGCAAAUUCGACCAGCCCAAGAGUAGUUUUCUGCCAAUGGGAAAAUCAUUUGCCCCUUUGGACAUGGAAAGGUAG